CAGGCGCCACCGGGCGCGCGCGGCGCGGCCUCUGGGGCGGCGGGCUGCUGUGCGCCGUGGGCGGGGCCUGCGUGUGGGCUGCGGGCCGCCCUGGCCGCGGCCCGCUGCGGUCUGGGGUCCAGGACGCCUCCGGGCUCGCGGGUGAGGUGGACCUCCCCGGCGAGGAGGCCGACGGCGAGGAGGCCUCGGCGAGGCUCGCGCUCGUGGCCGCGGCGAAGGUCGACUGGAAGGGCGCCACCUGGGUCAGGGGCAGCGACGGUGAGAACUGCGAGGACGCCUGCGUGCGCUUCGGGCUGGCCUGCUACGAGAGCGAGGACUCGUGGCCGCAGCAGAUGGCCGAUGUCGCCCACAUCGCCGAGGGACUGGGCCUCGUGUGCAACGACAGCGUCUCCGCGGAGAACACCUACGACCCCUUCGUCGUAGGGCCGUUCUGCUCCUUCGGGCCCUGGAAGCCGCCGAACGUGUGGGCGGACUGGCGGCCCCGCAACGUGCGCUCGUGCAAGGCGGCGCCCCCGAGGGCUACGACGCGGCUGUGCUCGUGCGUGCAGGAGAUCCCGCCGAAGGGGUGCCAGGAGUGCAACAAGGACUGCUGGCAGACCGACAACUGCUGCGAGGCCGAGGAGGACGGGUGCGCGGAAGACCCGAUGUUGGACAAAAAGUACCCGGACUACGACUGGUGUGCGGGGGGGGGGGAGUGGGCCGGCGUCGUGCCGGACUCGAAGUGGAUGGAGAACGUGACGUCCUACGAGGAUCUGCCGGUGCUGUGGAACGCCACGACGGAGCACAUCGAGCCGCUUCACAUCAAGGUGUUGACCUACAACCUGUACUGGUGGAACCUGUUCGAGAAGAACGGCGGCAGUGACGGCGCCGCGGGGAAGCUCGUGGCCGCGUCGGGGAACCACACGCCCUACGACCUCAUGGCCUUCCAGGAGUGCGAGAACAUCGACUGGGUGCUCGGAGACGCGGGCCUCUCGGACAGCUACGAAUACUCGGAGGUCUUCUCCUCCAUCUGCGUCGCGUGGCGGAACAAGACCUGGAGGAGGCUCGACUCGGGCUACGACGCGGUGGCGACCGACGGCGGCUGGGUCCGGAACAACAAGUGGGGCGACCGCUACGUCUCUUGGGUCCGCCUCGAGCACCGGGAGACAGGCGACAAGGUGUUCUUCGCCAACCACCACGGCCCCCUGCCCCUCAACUCCGGGGGCGAGGCCGGCGGCCUUGCCACGGCGCACAACCUCCUGGCCGCCAUCAAGGCUCACGCCGAGGAGGGCGACAUCAUCGUUUUCACGGGGGACUUCAACUCCGACUACCAGUCCGCCACCGUGAAGCUGGUGAGCACCAGGCUGACCCUGGGCUACCACGGUGAGUCUUUCGGAGGCAUCGACAACAUCUUCGCCAACACUGGGAAGACGAGCUUCGCGGCCCGGCGGAACCUCGGCGGAGCCGGCAGCGACCACGACGCCCUCACG